AUCCAUUUCCAUUACCAUAACACUCAUCUAAUAUACCAAAAGAAUUGAAAAACGUUACGUGCAAUAUGGAAGCGUUGUAUGUCUCUCUUCUUUGCUUGUUUGUUCUAUUAGUCUCCGUCUCCCUUCACUUACUCUUUUACAAGAGCAAGUCCGGCGGUCCCCUGCCGCCGGGAAAGACCGGAUGGCCGUUCGUCGGAGAGAGCUUGGCGUUUCUCUCCACCGGGUGGAAAGGGCAGCCGGAAAAGUUCAUUUUUGAUCGGAUGGCGAAGUACUCGUCGGCCGUGUUUCGAACACACCUCCUGGGAGAAAAGGCGGCCGUCUUCUGCGGGGCCGCCGGCAACAAGUUCCUGUUCUCGAACGAGAACAAGCUGGUGGAGGCGUGGUGGCCGGAGUCGGUGAACAAGAUUUUCCCGUCGUCGACGCAAACGUCAUCCAAGGAGGAAGCAGUCAGGAUGAGGAAGAUGCUGCCGAAUUUUCUCAAGCCGGAGGCCCUGCAACGCUACGUCGGAAUCAUGGACCACAUCGCCGGGCGGCACUUCGCCGACGGGUGGGAAAAUCGGGACGAGGUGGAAGUUUUCCCUCUCACGAAACGCUACACCUUCUGGCUAGCCUGCCGGCUCUUCAUAAGCGUGGAGGACCCGGCUCACGUCGCCCGGUUCGCCGAGCCUUUCAACGCCAUCGCCUCGGGGCUCAUCUCCAUCCCCAUAGAUCUCCCCGGAACGCCGUUCCGGCGAGCCAUAAAAGCCUCGAACUUCAUACGAAAGGAGCUGGUGGUAAUCAUCAAGCAGAGAAAAAUAGAUUUGGCGGAGGGGAAGGCGUCGCCCACUCAAGAUAUUCUGUCGCACAUGCUCCUCACCGCCGACGAAAACGGGAAGUUCAUGCCUGAGUUGGAAAUCGCCGACAAGAUUUUGGGUCUUCUCAUCGGCGGCCACGACACUGCCAGCUCUGCAUGCGCCUUCGUCGUCAAGUAUUUGGCUGAGCUUCCUGAAAUAUAUGAAGGUGUCUACAAGGAACAAAUGGAGAUUGCGGAGUCAAAAGGCGCGGGAGAAAUGUUGAGAUGGGAAGACAUUCAGAAAAUGAAAUAUUCAUGGAACGUGGCAUGUGAAGUUUUGAGACUGGCACCACCCCUGCAGGGUGCAUUCAGGGAAGCCAUUGCUGAUUUCACAUUCAAUGGUUUCUACAUUCCCAAAGGAUGGAAGUUAUAUUGGAGUGCAAACUCGACACACAGAGAUCCGAAAGUAUUCUCAGAGCCAGAAAAAUUCAACCCAGGACGAUUUGAAGGCAAUGGGCCAGCACCUUACACAUUUGUACCGUUCGGAGGCGGGCCGAGGAUGUGCCCCGGCAAAGAGUAUGCACGGCUAGAAAUACUGGUGUUCAUGCACCACCUGGUGAAGAGGUUCAGGUGGGAGAAAAUGAUCCCAGAUGAGAAGAUUAUUGUUGAUCCAAUGCCUAUCCCGGCUAAGGGCCUCCCUGUUCGCCUCUUUCCUCAUCAAAAACCCUAAUCAAACGAAUAUUUCAACCAUCCCCAAUCUGUCCGCCCUCUUAUAUAUAAUUAUACAUGCAUGUUUGAAUUCUGUAAAAUGAGAAUUAAUAUGUAAUUAAAGUGCAUUAGUUACACAUCGGGCUUAGCUCCCACUAUCAUAUCAUGUCAUAUGUACGCAGAGUGUUUU